AUUUCCGUGCUCUGAAUGACAAGGAACAACACUGCAGAUGCAAACAUUUAAACGAAAGUUUAUGUUCUCCCACUGGUGUAUAUCUCUUUGAUGAACGAUGAUGAAGAUGGCACCUGCGACCGCGAAGACCUUGAUCUCUCUUYUUCUAUGCUUACAGCAGUCAAGAGCAGACGCACCACCAUGUCAUGUUAAUGAAACAGGAAUUGCUCUGGCACCAAAAGUACCUCUAGGCAAAGACAUUUUCACUACAAUUUGGUUGUCAGUUGCUACCACUGCAAUUGUUUCAAAUGUCCUUAUCAUAUACGCUGUCAAAGUCAACCCUAAUAUGCACACAACUACAAACUAUUUUAUUGUCAACAUGGCCAUCGGUGACCUUCUAGCAACGAUCAGCACUACUGUUGGCUCAUUGUACCAAAUGUAUUAUGGAUUCGUAUGGAUUGGAAGUGUUGUUAUUGGUGAAUACAUUUACUGCAGGAUGGCUUGUCCCUUCUUUUAUAUCUGUAUGAUGUGCUCAAUAUACAGCCUAAUCGCCAUUACUUUUGAUCGAUUCAUGGCUGUCGCCCGUCCACUUCAGUACAAGAAUACUAAUUCCUCUUGGAGCUUUAAGUAUACAAUACUWGGAAUUUGGAUGCUUUCCUUUGCAACACCUGGUUACUACUCUUUGAAAGAAGUUUCAUAUUGUAUGGCUUUAGACAAGUUGAGGUGCCUUCCAGUUGGGUCACUCCUCGAAGCCCUUUUGGCCUUAUUUCUUGGGUUUGUCUUUCCUCUGGUUGUCAUGAUGAUUCUAUAUAUGGUAAUUGCUCAYAAACUAUGCACGAGACGGGUCCCUGGUGAGCAUGCGCAAAACCGUAACACSCAAACUGCUGCCAGCAAAGUGGCGAGAAAAGUAACACUCAUGGUUAUUUGCGUUCUUGUGGCAUUUGAAGUAUCGUACGCACCAGUCUUCUUCGGGCUCGUGUUUCCAUAUCUAUAUUCUGGAAAAAAGAAUCAAAACUUCCUUGAAGUUUCAGUAUACCAAAUGCUAAUGAUAUCUAAUGGGGUUUUUAACGCACUCAUUUAUGCCAUUUUCAAUGACAAUUUCCGRCGCGCAUUUAAAGAAGCUCUGUGCUAUAACCCUAUGGCGAUAAUGUUGAAGAACUUAUGCCCUAAGUCAAAUCGAGUAAAUAUCAACAAGAGCGUCUCUUUUCAAGACAGCAAUCUCCAGAAAACAAGACAGGUCUUUGUUACAUCUAUUUAAGUAAAUAGAGAUGCAUUACAAUGCUAAUAAUUCGAUGUAUGAUAUGCUGAUAUAUAAUUAGGAUUUAUUUGGAAUAAAUUGCGUCAAAUUAAAAAAUAUAUAUCAGAGAUUAAAAUUAAUUUCGUGUUAGAGCACUAUUAAUAAUGUGUAUACUCGACAAAACAUUAUAGAUUUAGUUCUUUGUUCAUUUUGACAGAGCACUUCACAUUUCUUGUUGUCAUUUUUCAAGUGYAUCUUGCAAGUCUUAUCU